AUGUGCGAACUCAAACCCGCGGCGCCCACGAGCAACGCGUCGCAGCAGGCACAGCAGCAGCAGUCCCCGCGCCAGCUGUCCCUCUCGUUCUUUGCGCGCGCCAGCCUGUGCGUGGAGGGGGAAGGGGCCGCGGAAGGGGAGGCGGAGCGGCUGUUGAAGGUGCUGCUGCUGGCAGUUCCGCUGAACGCUUCCGCGGCCGCCGCGGCAGGGGGAGGGGCAGAGGGGGGAGGAGCGGGGGAGCAGGUGUGGGGGGAGUGGCGGGUGGGCGUGCCGUGUGGGGGGGGCAGUGCGAGUCUGUCCGGCGCCUUGCCUUGGUUCCAAGUGGGGCCCCUCCUCUUCCCCCUCCCUCACCCCCCCGAUUCCUCCGCCCCUUCCCCUUCCUCGUUGGUAGUGCCUCCAGGGGGAGUGGCGCUGCACUUGGUGAUUCGAGGCGUGCAAGGCAGUAACAGCAGCAGCAACAGCAACAGCAGCACUGCGAUCGUUGCCACCACCAGCGGUGUUGCCACCACCAGCGGUGUUGCCACCACCAGCGGUGUUGCCACCACCAGCGGUGUUGCCACCGCCAUGCCCACAGCAACAGCAGGAGCAGGGGCAGCAGCGGGUGCGAAUGCGACGAUGGUGAAGAGAGAGGGCAUGGCGUCAGAAACUUUUGAUUCGACUCAAAAGGCAGCAGCGGGAGCGAAUGUGACGAUGGUGAAGGGAGUGGGCGUGGCGUCGGAAGCGGGGAGCACUGAUAUCGACCUUGUGUCUGUCAUGCCCACUAGCACCGACCCCUCUCCCCUCAAGUCGUUCUCCCACUGGCCCCUCUCCAGCGCCCACCCGCUCCUCACAGCCGGCUCAGCUCGCCGCAAGGCCUCCUCGCUCUCCCUCACCACGCUCUCCGACCUGAAUGCUGCAUCCCUCGCGCUGCACCCCACCCCGUUUGCUCUGCUCGCCCCUGCCACGCCCACCUCCCCCUGCCGCCCCUUCUCCUUCUCCACUUCCUUCACCUUCCGCAUCUCCUCCCCCAACGCCGCGGGGCUGGGCGGCGAGGGCUUGGCGUUUGUGAUGCUGCCGACGCCCACGCUCGGCCUGCCGGGGCCGUCCCUGGGCUACGGGCGCCUGCUGCUGCCCCCGGGGAGCACCACUGCUGCUGCUAAUGCUUCUGAUGACGGUUCCAGUGUCAGUGAUGCAGCAGUGUCAUCGCAGGUACACUUCAGCUCAGGUGGGAAGCAGUUCAUUGUUUCACAGGGGCAGCAACGCACGCAGCAGCACAGGGGCCCGGCAGUGGAGUUUGGCACUGCACGCCUUGCCAUUCUUCCUUCUUUCACUUUGCCUGCCCCUUCUCACCCCCUGUCACCCUCCCCCCUCUAUCCACAUCAGCAGCGGAGUCUGGCAGUGGAGUUUGACACGUGCGCCUCCCCCGAGUUCUGGGACCGGCAGGAGCACCACGUGGGGGUGAACGUGGACGGCAGCAUGCUCUCUCUCGCCUCUACCCCCGUGCACCCCGUCGGCAUCCCCUCCCUCAACGCCGGUCAAACCCUCCUCGCCACCAUCCAAUACAACGCCUCCUCCUCCCAGCUCACCGUCUGGCUCUCCCCAGCCCCACCCUCCUCCUCCUCCUCUUCCUCCUCCUCCUCCUCCUCCUCCUCCCCUCCUCUCCCCACCUCUGCCGUCCUCACCACAUUCCUCGACACCUGCGAGUGGCUCGGGGGGAACGACCUGGAAGCAGCAGCAGCAGCGCCGCCCCCGCCGUUGUUUGUGGGCUUCACAGCGGCUACUGGCAAGGGGGCGGAGCAGGCGCAGGCGCACGAGGUGCUGGGCACAAGGAAGCGUUUCUUCGCCGCCGACCUCUCUGUCGCUGCUGACGUGGCAUCCACCAGCCAAUUAGACGACCCCGCCCCGGGAGCCAUCUUCUUCCCUCGCCGUCUCCCCCUCCUCUACCCCUCCUCCUCCCCUCCCUUCCCUCCUCCUUCCCCGGAGGAGGUGUGGCAGAUGAGGGUUGACUAUAACGGGAGCAGCAAGGAGAUGGUGCUUAGAUGGUACCGCCCGCCUGUUCUAAAAGGCAGCGUGAGGGUCUCUAUUGACCUCUGUGCUGCUCUCAGUGGCGCCUCUGACACCAGUGGUAGCGGCAGUGACAGCAGCGGAAGCGGCAGUGACAGCAGCGGUGUGACGGACCCAGCAUCGCCAUCUUUUGGGCAGCUGUUUGUGGGGUUCACCAGCGCUGCUCUCCCUCCCCCCCCUGGCCGCCUGCCUUCCCCCGUCACCCUCUCCUCCUGGACCUUCAGAUUCACAGACACUGACCCUUGCACGGGUUCUCCGGUGCUGCCCUGUGGAACGGGCGUGUGCACCAAGGCACCUGCCCCGUGGGACCCGUCUAUCCUCCUGCCCUCCUGCAAGUGCCCCUUCAAUCUCCCCUCCUUCCAACCCGCUCACCUCGCCGGCCUGCCCUCCUGCUUCCCCGAUUCCUUCACGUGCCGCCACCUUCCCCGCAACCCGUGUGCCCCGGGGGUGUGCAUGGAUGACAUAGACGGCACCUACUCCUGCCUCUGCCCCUCGCCCUUCUUCCCCUUCUUCUAUCCGAAACGCACUACCCGCUGUUACCAAUUGCGAUCGUUUGAGCUGCGAGUGCCCACAUUCCUGUCUCCCUACGGCCUCACAUGCCCUCUCAUCCUCAACACUUACGGACUCACCCAAGCGGCCUUCUUCAGCCAAAACAAGGGCUUCCAGUGCCGAGCGCCCAUCCCUGUGGAGACUGUCAUCAACGUCACCAGCCGGGCUUACUCCCAAUGCACCUCCAUGUACACUGCUAAUUAUGGUGACUCGUGUGACUCCCUCAACGCGCUCUUCUCCCUCAGUUGCUCUGAUGGGCCCCGGCCCGGCCAGCUCCUCUGUGUGGACUUCAACAGGACGUGGCUAGAGCUGGCAAAAACCCGCGUGGCAUGCCAAGUCUUUGCCCAAAUCACCCCAGCCAUCACCACAACCCCAGCCACACCGCCUCCGAGCCAUCAGCCACCCCCUCCCCUAGUCGAGUAUACAACCCAGGGCGUGACCGUGACUGUGCUCCAGGGCCCGCAGUCCUGCCAGCAGCUGUGGCGUGCAUUUGGCAUCGCCUCCCCGAUGAGAUUCUUCCAGAUGAAUCCUGGGCUUUCGUGCGACUCCCUGCUGCCGUACAGCCCCACGCAGGGCAAUGUGAUGAGUAAG